AUGGAAACAUUUAUCCGAUUAGCUGAUGUUGUGCCUGAGUUUGAGGCCGACUACAAUAGCAUGACUGAAACGGAGCACACAAAAUACACUCUUGCCAUCCAGCAAGAGGAACUGAAAGCCAUGUGGAGGAAAGCAAAGAUAGCGUACGAAGAGUAUUUGAGUUCAGGUGCGGUAGAAGCAAAAUCAGCCUCAGUGAAGGCUAAGUAUAAAAGUACCUAUUCUACUUAUCUGCGCUGCAUGUCGAACAUGGCAGAACUCCAUGCGAAGCUCGUCAAAAGUGACAAAGAUACCGAGGAUAUGUCGGCCAGAGAACACAACAUCCAUCUCCCACCGUGUGAUACGGAUGUGUUCAAAGGUGAUUAUCUCUCGUGGCCUACAUUCCGUGACAUGUUUACGGCCAUUUAUAUCAAUAAUAAGCGCCUCACUCCUGUAGAAAAGUUGUUUCAUUUGAACCAGAAAACUCAGGGGGAGGCCAAAGAGAUAGUUAGCAAAUGUGAUGUUACAAACGAGGGCUUCAAUACUGCAUGGAAAAACCUUUGUGAUAGGUUCGAGAAUAAACGCAUUCUAGUGAAUUCGCAGAUAAAGAUUCUUUUUAACCUAGAGUCAGUAGAAACUGACGAUGUAGAGAGUCUAUAUCCUGUAGCUUCAGAUAUAUUGAAAAAAUGUAUGUAUGUCGACGAUGUUUUAGCAGGAGGACAUACCAUCGAAUCUACCAUCAAAGCUAAAGACGAGGUAUCAAUGGUUUUACAAUCUGCUGGAUUCCCGCUACGAAAAUGGACAUCCAACUGCGAAAAAAUACUGGAAGGAUUACCCAAAUCACACCUUUUAAACGAAGAUUUUUUGGAUUUUGAGGACACCAGUACCGUCAAGGCGUUGGGCAUCAGAUGGAAUGCCCAUUCUGAUAAGUUUUAUUUUACUGCCAAGCCAUUGGAGACUGAGGUUCGCUUUACAAAAAGAGCAAUACUUUCGGCUAUUGCAAAAUUAUUUGACCCAUUAGGAUGGCUCGCGCCAUUUGUAGUUACAGCAAAAAUUAUAAUGCAAGACAUUUGGUUGGAAGGAACAGGUUGGGACGAAAUUGUCUCAACUGCAUCGUCCGAUCGUUGGCAAAACUUUGUAGAGAGCUACUGCCACAUCGACAAAAUUCGUAUUCCUCGUUGGGUAUACUUUUCUCCUACAGAUAAAAUAGAACUUCAUGGCUUCUGCGAUGCCUCAGAAAAGGCAUACGCAGCCACUAUUUUUCUUCGGGUUCAAAAAGCGGAAAAGGUAUUUGUCAAUCUUCUACUGGCUAAGUCCAGAGUGGCACCGGUCAAAACUAUUUCGUUACCACGAUUGGAGCUGUGCGGUGCUGUUCUGCUUGCAGAACUUGUUGAAUCGAUCGUUAGCAAUCUCACUUUAGGCCAGUUUACCACACAUCUGUGGACAGAUUCGACUAUUGUCCUAGCCUGGAUUCGAAAACCUCCCUGCUCAUGGUCAACAUUUGUUGCCCAUCGCGUAACAAAAAUCAUUGAGAAAGUUGGAAGCCAAAAUUGGCUCCAUGUGGAUUCAGCAUCAAAUCCAUCAGAUUUAGCUAGCAGGGGUAUUAUUGCGCAAGAAUUGGUAGCCUCUUCCUUGUGGUGGGAGGGUCCUUCUUGGUUGCAAGAAGAAAGAACACAAUGGCCCACACAGGAAAAGGACUAUAAGACACAGUUAGAACAAAAAAGGGUACAGGUUCAUGCGACCACGGCAGUCGAUAUUAGUAAUGAUAUUCUUGAAAGAUUUUCCGAUCUACCGAGAGCUUUGAGAGUCCUAUCAUACGUACUGAGAUUCUCCCAAAGAACUCGCCGUAACACUAGAGCUUCAUUUCAAGCGGAAUCUUGUUCGAUUUCAGCUGAUGAAAUCAAAGCAACGACUCAACGCUUAAUAAUUAUCUGCCAGAAGCAGCAUUAUGGUCAGGAGUACUCAUCACUGAGAUCGGCAAAAUUAAUAAGUCCAAAAAGUGAAAUCUUGUCCCUGAACCCAUACAUUGACAAGGAAAAUAUAAUUAGGACAGGUGGUCGCCUUGGAAAAUCUUUAGAUCUCGCUUAUAACGAGCGCCACCCAAUUAUCCUUCCAUAUAAUAGCAACUUGUCUCGUCUUAUAGUCCAGUUCGUUCACAAAGUAUCACUGCAUGGUGAGAAUCAGCUUAUGCUGCGCUUGAUUAGAACGCAAUAUUGGAUACCUCGAGUCCAGAAUAUGAUCAAAUCGACAAUUCACAACUGUAAGAUCUGUACGAUCUACCGAAAACGGUCGCAAACGCAGCUUAUGGGCAUUCUUCCUAAAGAACGCACCACAUUUUCACGCGCGUUUACUAACACAGGUGUCGACUUCACCGGACCUUUCGACAUAAAGAACUACAACGGACGAGGUUGCAGGGUGU